CUCCUUAUCAACCCUGAAUGCCAUCUUUGUGAGACUUUAACGGUUGUCGGGGUUAUCUUCGAUUACGAUAUCAUAUCAACAGAACUCAGGGAUUGGACCAAAGCGUUUGAAGAGGGCCCAGUUCGCAAGCUGGGAAAUGCUGAUCGCGGUCAUAUGUACGGCAUUUCUACUUGGCAAAGCGAAAAGCGGAAGGCCAGAGACCAGAAACAAUUGCAUCCCCUAGUACGUAAAUGUAAAUUACGUACACGAUAGUCAUGCAGCCUUAAGUUUAUUCUGGCCUCUCCAUGCAUAUAUACAUGUGGGUUCUUCACUUCCCCCGAAAAGCUCAUUUUGUCCCACCUUCCACGACAUCUGUUCAAAUAUCAUCAAUCCACCACAUUCGUCAAUACCUCUCUGCAAAUUCGCCAUACAUCAAACAUUACCGCCAUAGCCAUAUAGCAUCCACGUCUCCACCUUUUCAUCUUGUCCCCUUACAUCGGCGGUGCUUAACUUGAGUGUCUCAACCCUUCUUCCCAUGUCGAAAGACAACGUCUCCGCGCAGUCAUUGGAAGAAACAUCUUCUCAGGGGCAAUUUAAAGCCCGCCAAAGCUUCUCUUCUUCAAGCGAGGGCACUAGAAGACAGCGUAUCUCAAUGGCAUGUCUGUAUUGUCGGCACAGAAAAAUUCGAUGCUGUGGAGGUUCUCCUUGCCGAAACUGUCAACGUUCGAAACGCGAGUGUGACUAUGCCCCUGUUCCGGAAGAAGUCAACCGUAUCACAAGGGAAAAGAAGGCACUUGGCAAGGCAUCCAAAAUAGCCAAUGAACUCCUUUCUCCUGCCACGACAUCGUCACCUUAUUACGUCUCUAGACCGACUUACCAUGGACCGCCUGUUCGUCCAGCGCCCUAUGUCCGCAAAAGGUCUUCAUCUAUGCCCGAUGAAGCUAUGCCCUGGGGUGCUCCUAUAGCUUAUGAUCCUCCUCAGUGGAUUUACUCUCAGCCAAAUUUUUAUUUCGCUCCCCCUCAAUAUCCAUCUCUUGCCAGCACUUUCCCUCCUUACCCUUUAAGUGCUGAACAGCCUCUCGUUCCAGCCCCCGUGUCGACGAGUCAACUGGGUGUACAAUUUGAAUCGCACCAAGUUCAGCCUCUCCACAGUCAAGUGCUCGACACACCAUCUCCUGCCUCUUCAUCUAUGUCAUCAUUUGCCGCCCUGACUCGGGCAUCAUCAUCUGACGAUGAGCAUGUCUCUGGGACGUGGUUGACACCGGGAUUAUCAACUCCAUUGUACCUCCGACCCGUUUCUUCUUCGGGCUCUCUUUCACCGUCUGUUAUACGGACAGGUUCCCGCCCUGGUACAUUGUCAACAGUACAUCAGUCAUCAACUCCUCCGACUCCUACUUCUAUGGCAAUUCCUUCCCCACACGUGAUUCCCACCCCUUUCUAUCCCUAUCCUCCCACCCAGUCAACGACUAGCACGACCCAGUCGGUACAGGCGGAUAAGAACGGGCAGUCAUUCAUGAUUAAUGGCUCAGCGGGCAUGAUGGUAAAGGACCCUUUAUUAGGUCUGGGGCUUGUUGAAAGUAAGGACAUGUGCCUGGGACAUGGUAUUGGGGAAGAUUAUUACUCCCCUCCUCUUUAUCAUCAGGAGUAGGCAUUAUGAGAGCAAUACUAGCAGCAGUGAAUGGAGAGAACGAACAACACUUUUUCUGAUUUUUUUUAUAAACAUUUUCGCUUUCAUCGCCGUAGACCUUGUUGUAUCACGGACAUAGCCACAUUCAAAGAAGUAUAAUCAUUAGCAUUCGAAACAAGAUACACAUAUAAAUAUUGAUCCAUAGUAGUCGAAUAGGCCUCAAUUUCUUAACUAUUCAUGGAACACGGAAUCAGCUUCAAGUGGGCAGCUCUCCUACUCUUAGGUAUGCAAAUUGUUGUGGACUUC